UAGAUUCAGUCCGAUUCGAGCGUCGGUGCAGAGCGGUGCACAACGAGUCCAGUCGAACGAGCAGGAUCAAGUGAAACAUUAUCCUGCAUUUAUUAAGUGGUUUGACAUUUUUCAGUGUAUUGUGUUGGUAGCAAUAUAUAUCUUUUAAUUUAGAAAGGAAAUAGUUUACACCCGGUGACGCUUGAAUAGUCGAAAUAUGCGGAGGGAAAUCGACGGAAGAGUGCCCAAAGGUUUCGUGUUUAUCGGUACCUACGACCCGGUGAUGAGAUAGGUCACAGUCCGAGCUGUCAGUAUUCGCUUCGCCGAGCUCCGGGAGAUACGUGUGUUUGCAAAAAGUUCAUUGAAUCGAGGUUUUCUGUGUUUCAAAGUGUGCAAAGAUAUGUAAUCAAUCUGUGCCAGAGGACCGAUUGCCGUUUUGUUACGAGUGUACUCAAGUUAUCAAACCACCAGCACCGAAGGUUUUCCAAGGAUACUGAUUGAAUGUUUUAAAUCGAUGCGUAGUGAGUGAGUGAUCGAGAUCGUUGUCAUCACAAAAGGCAUGCCACAUGUGUUAGACAAAACAAAUUCGUUAGAAUAAAAGACUUUCGCAUCCGCACCGCAGCUACGUAGUUGAAAAGAGCAAUAACCAUCGGUGCGAAUCCUAGUUUCGUAACCACCGCGCGUUGUGUGAUCUCGUAAUCGUCCCAUACAUUGCAAAUUAACACAGAGAACGACGACAAGUGGUGCAUGAAAUUGUGUGUUCUAGACUGCUGCCACUCGUCCUAGAUUGGCAGGCCAAAUCCUCGGUCGAAGUCGCGUUAUCAGCUGCAAUUAGUGCCAAGCUUUCUAAUUAGUUGCGACGAAAGAGCAUCAGGGUGCAAUCGGGAGAACAAAAGCGAAGGAGUGGAACGUUGCGCGUGGAUUAGCUAGUAGUACCAUCAGCAUCCCAGCAGCAGCAGCAUCAGUAGCAGCACCAACAUCUAGACAACCAUGGCAUUGGACUUUACCAGACGGCAGUGGCUCACACUGGUGAUUAUGGGACUGGCUGAUUUUUGCAAUGCAAUCUGCGUCAGUUUACAGGCACCAUUCUUUCCCAAUGAGGCGGAACGGAAGGGUGCAACUGCGACCGAGUACGGUCUAGUGUUCGGCAUCUUCGAACUGGUAGUGUUCAUCAUUUCCCCAAUAUACGGUCAGAGCAUCAACCGGAUUGGACCAAAAGUAUUAUUCAACAGUGGAAUCUUCACCACCGGCACGGCAGCUAUCCUGUUCGGUCUACUGGACCGGAUCCCGGAUCAUAUUCCCUUCAUCACGUGUGCCUUCAUCAUCCGAAUCGUGGAAGCCUUGGGCAAUGCCGCCUUCCUGACAGCCUCCUUCGCCAUCAUUGCGAAAGAGUUCCCGAACAACGUGGCGACCACCUUCGCAUCUCUGGAGACAUGCUUCGGGCUGGGACUGAUCGUUGGACCGAUGGUCGGCGGUGCCCUGUACUCCGUCGGCGGAUACUACCUACCGUUUGUGGUUCUCGGUUCGGCUCUGUUCAUCACGGCCAUCCUAACGCUGUGCAUUCUGCCCAAACACGCCGAUGAACCGUUUACGGAAAAUGACAAACGCACCUCCAUGUGGGGCGUCCUCAAAGUGCCAGGUGUCCUGGUUAGCUCUCUGGCCAUUUGCGCCACCAGUGCCUCGAUCGGAUUCCUCAGCGCGACGCUGGAACCUCACCUGCGGCAGUUCGAUCUGGGACCGAUUCUUUUGGGGGUACUAUUCGUGAUCAACGGUGGAGUCUACGCAUUGACGGCGCCAAUUUGGGGCUGGAUGGUGGACAAGUUCCUUAGUCCCAAGGUGUGUUCCACGAUGGGAUGCUUCCUGGUGGUGGCUGGCUUCCUAUUAGUCGGACCGGCUUCGUUCAUACCGGUGGAGACAUCACUAGAAACCGUAAUCGUUGGUCUGGUCCUUCAUGGCCUGGGAAUAGCAGCAGUGCUGGUAUCUGGAUUCACGGACUCGCUGAGAACUUCAAUUGCCAAGGGCCUGCCGGACAGCAUCGAAACGUACGGGCUCGUGUCCGGUCUGUGGACCUCCACGUUCGCGUUCGGAGCCUUCGUUGGACCUUCGGUCAGUGGUUUCCUGUUCGACGCCAUCGGAUUCCGUGGUUCAACGCUCUUCAUCGUCGGGCUGGAAGUGAUCGUCGGCACGGUGCUGCUGUUCUUCCUGAUGUGCGACAAAACCCCCUCGCAGUACAAGGAAAUCUCGUCGGUGGAAUCGCUCAUCAAGAGCCAGGACACCCAGUCACAUGAUAGCGUCCUGGGCAGCCGUAGCAGUAGCCUGGACAUCAGCUUCCGAGGACGAGGAAGUCAGCAUUCGCUAGCCAUAGAAUCGUGGCGCCCCUCGGCCAACAGUCUGAUCCUGACCAACAGUUACAAUAGCAAGCAGGGCCACUGGGCCCGGUCGGUCACCGAGCUGGAAUCCAGCAACGUGGCACAGUACGGACCGCAGUACGGAAGUUUUGACGCACGACCAGCCUAUCAGGAUACCAUAUCCUAAGCUAAGGAAAACUGAAUGGGUCAUUUUUGUGACCAGUUUUUGGAUAAACCUGCCAUUUCUGUUCGCUUAACUAGGUUGUAAAUAUAUUUAAAACUACUCAUAGGAUUUCGUCCUCCAGCCCUUCCCACAGCGCAGCUCAAAGAGUGAAGCUACCAAAGCCGUAUCGCCAAAUGUACCGAAAGAUUAAAUAUUAGCAUACAUACACACAUACAGCUAACUUUAUAGCAUAUUAAUUUUCGAAGCCGAUGAAACAUUUGGCAUUCACGUGACCACACACAACAAACGCCGGAGAUAAUCAGCAAAUUACUCAAACUCAGUUCUUUUGAUAACUUCUCAGUAUAGCAACUCAUAGGAAAUGUGUUCUCAUUAAGAGUCUUAUUUUUUUUUUGUCUUUUCGCAUACGUAAGUCUUCCUAUAUCUAUUUGUUUUACCCAUAACGUUUAGGGGAACUGGUGAUGUAAUACGUGCCACGGGGUAAUAUGACCAACGGCCUAUUACCCCGUAAGCUUUCCAAAUGAUACUUCAGCAGUGCAUCUAGUAAUUCUGAGUGAAAAACGCUUGAAUUGGAGUUGAAUAAGACAUAAACCAACGCGGUUGGCCACAUAACCCCGUGGCACGUAUUAUCCCACCUUACCCUACUUAUAAUAUUUUGUUUCAAAAAACGGAAAAAAUCUCUAACGUAAAGCAAUUGCCAUGACUGGAAGAUCGCGAGCUUGAGAUGCGUCCGCGUGAGAUGAACCAGAAAAAAAAGAAUCGAAUCAAGCGAGCGAAGCGAAAAAAAAACCUUUAUAAAAUUGUGAUGAUAGCAUUUACUCUCUACGGAGCAAACAAAAGAGCAGCCUUGUGGAAGCGAUAAGCGUAGCGCUCUGUAGAAUAGAAGAUGAUUUACCAACAAGAAGCACAAUAAAUGUAGGCUAUUUAUAAUGAAAACCGAA